AAAAUCACCGGCAGCAGUGACUGUUGAAAUAGACAGAAGUGCUUACUGAGAGAGGAGCGCGAGACUCGCAUUCAGUGUGCUUAACGAUUACUGUUCAUCGCUUACUAACUCUAUCCUCAGCAAGAUGUCUGCUGCUAAGGGUGUAGCAAUCGGUAUUGACCUGGGCACCUGCUACAGCUGCGUGGGGGUGUUCCAGCACGGCAAAGUGGAGAUCAUCACUAACGACCAGGGCAACCGGACCACCCCCAGCUACUUGGCGUUCAAUGACACGGAGAGACUCAUCGGAGACGCAGCCAAGAACCAGGUGGCGACGAACCCCACCAACACCGUGUUCGGCGCCAAGCGCCUGAUUGGCCGAAAGUUUGACGAUGUGGUGGUGCAGGCGGACAUGGAGCUCUGGCCAUUCACGGUGCUGAGCGACGCGGGGAAGCCCAAAAUCCAGGUGGAGCACAAGGGGGAGAACAAGUCCUUCUACCCUGAGGAGGUGUCCUCCAUGAUCCUGGUGAAGAUGAAGGAGAUCGCCGAAGCCUACCUGGGCCAGAAGGUGUCGAACGCAGUCAUCACGGUUCCAGCUCACUUCAACGACUCCCAGCGUCAGGCCACCAAGGACGCAGGAGUGAUCGCCGGCCUCAACGUCCUGAGGAUCAUCAGCGAGCCCACGGCGGCCGCCAUUGCCUACGGUCUGGACAAAGACAAGAGCAGCGAGCGCAACGUCCUGAUCUUUGACCUGGGUGGGGGCACCUUCGACGUCUCCAUCCUGACCAUCAAAGACGGCAUCUUUGAGGUGAAGUCCACGGCCGGAGACACUCAUCUGGGUGGAGAGGACUUUGACAACCGCUUGGUCAACCACUGUGUGGAGCAGUUCAAGCGGAAGUUCAAGAAGGACAUCAGCCAGAACAAGAAGGCUUUGGGGAGGCUGCGCACGGCUUGUGAGCAAGCCAAGAGAUCUCUGUCGUGCAUCACCCAGGCCAGCAUCGAGAUCGAUUCUCUGCAUGAGGGCACCGACUUCCGAACCUCCAUCACCAGGGCACGCUUCGAGGAGUUGUGCUCAGACCUCUUCAGGGGAACCCUGGAACCCGUGGAGAAAGCCCUGAUGGACGCCAAGAUGGACAAGAGCCAGGUCCACGACAUUGUCGUGGUGGGAGGCUCCACGCGAAUCCCCAAGAUCCAGAAACUCCUGCAGGACUUAUUCAACGGCAGGGAGCUCAACAAGAGCAUCAACCCAGACGAGGCUGUGGCUUACGGCGCCGCGGUGCAGGCCGCCAUUCUCAGCGGCGACACGUCGGCGAACGUCCAGGACCUGCUGCUCCUGGACGUGGCGCCCCUUUCCCUGGGCAUCGAGACGGACGGAGGAGUCAUGACGCCCCUGAUCAUACGGAACACCACCAUCCCCACCAAACAGACUCAGACCUUCUGCAACAUCACCGACAACCAGCCCGGGGUCCUGAUCCAGGUCUUUGAAGGAGAGAGAGCCAUGACCAAGGACAACAACCUGCUGGGCAAGUUCGAGCUGUCGGGAAUCCCGCUCGCUCUGAGAGGGGAGCUUCAGAUCGAGGUGACCUUCGACAUCGACGCAGACGGUAUUCUGAACGUGUCUGCUGUGGAACAGAGCACAGGCAAACAGAACAAGAUCACCAUCACCAACGACAAGGGCCGCCUGAGCAUGGAAGACAUUGAGAGGAUGGUGCAGGAAGCAGACCAAUACAAGGUAGAAGACGAGCAACAGAGGGAGAACAUAGCGGCCAAGAACGCCCUGGAGUCCUACGCCUUCAACAUGAAGAGCAGCCUGCGGGAGGACAACCUGAAGGACAGAGUGAGUGAAGAGGACAGGGAGAAGGUGGAGGAGAAGUGUGAGCAGGCCAUCCUCUGGCUGGAGAACAACCAGCUAGCGGAGAAAGAGGAGUACCAACACCAGCUAAUGGAGUUGGAGAAGCUGUGGAACCAGUACUUGAGUUGAGGGGGGGUGGUGGUGGUUAGGGGAGGGAAUCUCUUGGCACCUCACGAUUCGAUUCCGAUUAUGAGGUCAACUAUUCGAUUAUCGAUGCAUCUUGAUGCAAUUUUCUUUUCUUUUUUACAGUUCCAUGCGUGAUUUUAAAUAUAUACGUGAGUAUAUGCUCAAAGUAUACGAGUUUUCUACUCAGAGUUUGCUAAUCACUUCCUACUAUUGUGAUCAUCAUUUAAGACAUCAACAGAUGAACCUUAUCUAAUCUUGUAUGAGAGAAAAAGCUUUGUUCCAAAAUAUGACUUUCUAUGAACAAUGCAAUUAUCAAUACAGCUUGCAUAACAACACAAUGUAAAAAAUAAAACAGAUCAGUUUUCUUUUUUUUCUAUGUCAUUAAAGAGUUCUUGUGUCUGGCUGUGAGUUUGCGUUCAUGCUAUGCGUAGGCUGAAUCGCAAUCGUGUCAAGACAGAUCACAUUGGCCAAUACGCACUGAAGAUAAACUAAAUGUAUCCCUGUCUGGCGAACAGAAUGUUGCAGCAGGCAAACAAAUUAAAAAAAGGAAAAAAAAAGGUCAUGGUUUUUCGUGGGUAGUGUGGCGGAGCGUUUCCGGAGUUAACUCCAGGGGCGGUUCUAGACCAAUUUUCAUGGGGGGGCCAGACUGGGGCCAGUUGUUUUGUUGGAGGGCCACAUUGAACCCGGGACGCAAAAUAUUUAGUUUAGUACUAAGCAGAGAUGUGGACUCGAGUCACAUGACUUGGACUCGAGUCAUGAUUUUGAUGACUUCAGGCUUGACUCGACAAAAUUACGCAUGACUUGCGACUCGACUUAGACUUGACUGCUAUUGACUUGAGACUUGACCCUGACUUGGCCUCUUUGACCUGUAACUACAAAAAAGUCAAAAACAUUUAUUGUUUUAGAUAUCUAAAAUAUUUCCCGCCUGGAGGGCUAGUCUAGACACCCAAGACCAGGGGUGGACAGGCCAUCGGGAGGUUCGGGAGAUUUCCCGAACGGCCAGACGGUUUCAGGCCGAGCCUAUGGAAGCAUAUA